AUGUGGCUCCAGAAAUGGAGUCCGGACUUCAAGCCUGAGGAAGAUUUACCAAUAGUUCCAGUGUGGGUUAAUAUUCCUGAUUUACCAUUCCACUUACAUACAUGGCACUAUGUGAAACAAAUAGCAAAAGAAGCUGGAAUUCCUCUGGAAAUGGACAUUGCGACAAGAGGCAAAACAAGACCAAGUAUGGCUAAAGUAAGGUUAGAAGUUGAUCUGCUCAAACCUUUACUUACUAGUGUUUGGGUAGGGGAUGGGGAUGAUGAUUCCCCUUUGAAAGGUUUUGAACAGAAAUUGGAGUAUGAAAACGUUCCUAAAUAUUGCAAGCAUUGCAAGAAGUUGGGACAUUCUCUGAUUAACUGCAGAUUAUUGGAAAGAAGAAGAAUAAAUGAAAAUAGGGACACUGAAACAAAAAGCAAUGAGACACCAAAACUAGGGGCACUUUUGGAGAAGGAGAGACCAGCAGAGGAAAAGAAAGCAGUUGCAGCCGAUACUGAAAAACAAUCAAGAAGCGCGCAAAAUAAAGUGAAGGUCACAAACAAUGAAGACAAGGGUGGAACUAUUGCUACCACCAGUGAGAACAAUAAGAUUAUAAUACCAGAAGAAAAUAAAAGAAUGGAUGAGGUGAAUGCCAGAACAAAGAAAAAGAAGAACAAAAGAAACCAAGAAGGUGCCAAAGAAGAGGAAAAAAGUAACUUUCAAAACAACCAGUAA